UGAAGGCACGAAGAGACGCAGAACAGCCCAGCACGGCUUCUCCCAUGUCUACCGUGAUGACAGCUGAGCGUACAGAGACCUCCAUGCACCCGGGACAGUCGUGGCACUUCCUAGCGUCAACAUGCCGCCUUUAAGAUCCCGCAGGGCAUCUGGGAACCCUCGGGACGCGUAGCUACCUAAAAGUUGUGUCGCUGAAAAAGGAAACGCCACCAACACUUCACCAGGUUGAAGAAGUUGGAUAUCUAGUCUGACGAACUCAGAUUUUCAACAGACUUUACAGGUGAUGAGGAAUGGAGCCAGGGUCGGUGGUGCGUGCUGUGUUCGAGUUCCUCCCCAGCGUCUCCGAGGAGCUCCCACUUUUUGCUGGUGAUGUCAUCGAGGUGAUCAGUGUUGUGGAUGAGUUCUGGUUGCUUGGUAACAAAGAUGGGGUCACAGGUCAGUUUCCCAGCACCUUCGUGGAGGAGGUUACCAUCCCCAGCACCAAGCCAGGAGACAUACUCUACGUGUGCAUCAAUGACUUCAGCUCUGCUGAGUCUGGGACUCUGUCCCUAAAAAGAGGUGAUGUGGUAGUGGGAGAGGCAGGAGAGUCCAAGGACCUCGGGGAAGCCUGGCAGCGUGGAUGCAAUGCCUGGGGAGUCCGUGGUCUCUUUCCUACUUCGUGUGUAAAGGAGCUGUUCCUCUCUGGCCGCUCCAGGCAGCUGUCUGAGCGUUCGGCUCAGGCCCAGGCUUUGGAGCUUCCGCCUUACGCUUUAGGCCAAGCCCGAGCACUUAUGAGCCUUCAUGCACAGCUCAAUGAAGAGCUGGACUUUCGAGAGGGGGACCUGAUCAUCAUCACAGGGCUGCCUGAGCCAGGCUGGUUCCAGGGAGAGCUGGAUGACCGAAGAGGCAUCUUCCCAGAGGGAUUUGUGGAACUCCUGGCUCCUCUCCGGUCUCCUCAGGAGCCUUUUGACUGUCAGUAUUUGAAUCGUGACCCCCAGCAGUUAAUCUACGAGGACUCUUAUGAUGCAGGAGAAGGGACCGAAGAGGAAGUUAUGGAAGAAGGUGAAGUCUUUCUUGGAGAAGAAGAACAGAAGGAAGCUGCUGUAGAGGAAGAGUACGAGGAUAUGGAUGGAAUCUAUGGAGUUGCACUUUAUGAGUUUCGGGCCAUGGAGCCAGGUGAGUUGGACUUUGAUGUGGGAGAUCGCAUUCGUAUUGUAAACACUCUGGAAGACGGCUGGUUGGAGGGGGUGCUGCGGGGGCAGCAAGGUAUUUUUCCUCAUCGUUUUGUUAAAAUUGAGGAUGAUGGGCAGAAAACUACAGAGGAAAGUGUUGAACCUGAAGACAGAAAGGGGAAUGGCUGUACUGAACAACACUCUGACCAUGAAUGUUCUAGCAGGUCAGAGAGGGAUCCUGAAUGGAAAGUACAUGAGGACCAUACUGUGUGGGAUUUGGACUUCUUUGAGAGAACUGAAGAGCAAAGGUUGCAAUAUGAACAUAAAAGUGGUGAGGGUCACGCUGAUCAAUGGGAACAGAGGUCUCUGCCUCCUAGACCUAUCCGCCCAUCUCAUAGACCGCCUGAGAGACCUAGAUCCACUCCUCCUGCAAGGCCAAGACUCCCACCUCGGCCCAGUCGGCCUGCAAAUCGGCCCAGGCAACAAGCUGGUCUGAAAUCCAGUGGAAAUCAGUCCAACUAUACCAAUGGAAAUGUUCAAUCAAUACAGCCUAGACGAUCUCACAGUGUUUUUCUUCAUGGCUCUCAGCCUGGUUGGUCAAAAGAAAAGACCUAUUCCCAGAAACCAUCAAUAGAAAGGAUCUCUCCUAGUAAUAGGCCACCUAGUCUUGGCCAGGCUUUACUGAAUGUUGUAGGCCACAAGCAAAGGCUAAUUCGCCAUGCUAGUGUUGGUGAUGCCGAUAUGAGACAGAGAGUUGAAGCACAACCACGUUACCAGCAGAGGACUCGGGGAACUAAUGGGAUACUACCAACAUCCAUUACCUUAGAAGCCCUGGCAACAUCAGCAAGUGACCUGGAAGCCAAGCUGUCUCAGCAGCUUUUUGAAUUUGAGAAAAGCUUGACAACUUCUUGUAGUGACACUAAUGAGAGUUCUGGUGUUUCGAAGGAUGAUUUAUCCUCCACUGUCCUUAACCAGCAGACACACAUCUCCCGCCACUUUUCUAUACUUGAAUACAGCGACGAAAAUGAUAUAAUUCGCGGGACUUCGCAUUCUCCUGUACCCUAUUCUAAGUGUUCAUCUUUGGACAGGCGUAGAAACCUUCGCCCUCCACCUCCUCGUCCUCGAGACCUGCGCCCCCCUGCCCCGGCUUCAUACAAACCAGCUCGUCCUGCUCCACGUCCCCCACCACGCUGUUCAAGACAAAAUGCCACUCGUCCAUCCUACAGCCACCACGCCAAUAGCCCUAUCUUCUACACUCCUGAUGAACCGGCACCAGAAGCUCACUCAGAGGUUGAAGCUGAAUCUGUUGACAACACGGCCACUCAGGAACAUGAACUUCAGGGACAAGUAAAUGCAGAAAAAGAGCUGGAAAAGGACAUUGAGUUGGAAAGUGAGAUACAGAUGGAAGAGGAGGAAAGGUACCAACUGUUGCUACGGCUACAAGACGUGGAGCAUGACAUGGAGGAGUAUGCACGAACAGCAGAGGAACUCAGAGUGAUGCUACAGGAGGAGGAAGAUGAGACGGCCCGUCUACAAGUCUUGGAGAAUCUGGAGUUCUGUAACUACACACUAGAGACACUGGCCCUGGAGCAGCAGCAGUUGCAAGAGAUGAAGCUGUUGUCGUCUCAGCCCAAACCCCUGGACCCCACCCCGACUUCAGACACCACUCCCACAGCCGGCACGGGCAACGAGGACCCUGAGCUGAGGAUGCUGGAGAAGAGGUCAAAGGUCAUCGAGGAGCUGCUGCAGACUGAGAGGGACUACAUCAGAGACCUGGAAAUGUGUGUGGAUGAGGUCAUUGUGCCUCUGCAGGAGAAGCAGGUGAAUGUGGACUUUGAAGGACUUUUUGGAAACAUCAUCUCUGUGAUCGACUUGUCCCAGCAGCUGUACAACACCCUGGAGAAAACCGACUCUAUAGGAAGCGUCUUUCUGGACAACAAAGCUGAGCUGGAGGCGGUGUACAAGCUCUACUGCCAGAACCACGACGAAUCCAUCUCUCUGCUGGAGAGCUACGAGAAAGAUGAGAACAUUCAGUGCCACAUUCAGGAUUGUCUAGAGAGACUGAGGUCCAUAUAUCGUGAGUGGGGUAAAGCGAACUACAUCAACCUGGGCUCUUUUCUGAUCAAGCCUGUGCAGCGGGUGAUGCGGUACCCGCUGCUGCUGACAGAGCUGCUGGGGGCCACACCUGAGAGCCACCAUGACCGGCCCCAGCUGACUCAGGCCGUGCAGGCCGUCAAGGAGAUCAACGUCAACAUCAACGAGUACAAGCGCAGGAAGGAUCUUGUGGUGAAGUACAGAAAAGGAGAAGAAAACUCGUUUAUUGACAAGAUCUCUAAACUCAGCAUGCACUCCAUCAUCAAAAAGUCCAACCGAGUCAGCAGCCACAUCAAGCACCUCACAGGGAUUUCACUCCAGAUUAAAAGCGAGGAAUUUGAUGAUGCUGAGAAGAAGUUCAGGCUGCAGGAGCGACUGAUCAAGUCGUUUAUCAGAGACAUUUCUUUGUAUCUACAACACAUCAGGGAAUCAGCAUCUGUGAAUGUCUUGGCAGCCAUCAGCCUGAGUGACAUCUACACAGAACGGAGCGUUUUGGAUCCGGAGCGCUUCCAGAGAGCUCAUCGCAGUAUCAGUGACAAACAGUUCACACAGUUUAAGGAGCACACAGAGAAGCUAGUCAUCAAGCCGCUCUCCCAGCUUCUCGUCAUGUUCGCCGGACCCCACAAACUCAUCCAGAAGCGCUUCGACAAGCUGCUGGACUACGACAACUGCAAGGAGCGUGCCGAUCGCCUGAAGGACCGGCGCACCCAGGGCGAGCUGCAGGUGACGCGCAACAACUACGAGGCGCUGAACGCUCAGCUCCUGGACGAGUUAAAGAAGUUCAACAGUGUGGCGGAGGAGAUGCUGAAGGACAGCGUGAGCGCCUUUGCUCAGGCCCAGAAGGACUUUAUGAAGAUGACGCUCGGAGAACUCAGACCUCUAAUUCAGUUUUCUAAUAAAGUUGGCUCAGAGGGAAACCUGAUCACCCAGUUUCAAGAGGAGUACGGUCACGUCCUUCGUCUUCUCCAGAGCUUCAGCUUCUGUCCAGAGAACCUCCCUCCUUCCACCACAAACAUGAAAAAGACGUUUGAGAAGAAAACGCUGGAGAAACAGAACUCUAAGAAGCAGCUGCAGGGACUUCCCAACCACAGUUUGCAGACGGAUGAGCACCGAGCUGAACUUCUGGUUCGCUUUGGCCCAGGGAAGCUUUACCAGGCUGAGAGGAACUUUAACGCCGCUCAGGAUCUCGAUGUUUCCAUACAAGAGGGAGACCUCGUGGGUGUGAUAAAGCAGCAAGACCCGUUGGGUAGCCAGAACCGCUGGCUAAUCGAUAACGGAGUCACCAAGGGCUUCGUGUACAGCUCUUUCCUCAAGCCCUACAACCCACGUAGGAGCCACUCGGACGUCUCCAUCGAGAGCCAGUCGUCCAACGAAUCAGGAUAUGGUGGCUCCUCCCCCGUUUUCUCCCGCCAGAACAGCAACAGCACUCUGACCUUCAACCAGGAGACGGCCACCGUCAGCUUUUCCACAUCUCAGUCCCAAAGCCAGUCCUCGCCACACCCGUCUCUCGACUCAGCCUCGUCUCGCAGGACUCACCACCGAGAUGCACCCAGCUCUGAAUCUACCCAACAGAGCUCAAACUCCUCCCCCCGAAUUCACUCAAAUCGCAGAGACUUCUCAGAACAAACUCACAGGAAUCCUCCCAUUUGGAGAGACUCUGAGCCAUCCCAACGGCACACGGACAGUCACAGAGAGCCGUACGACUCCAGGUAUGACAGCGGAAACAGAGAGACGUCGGACUUCUCUGAGAGAAUGGACUCGUCGUCGUCACUAAAAAACACUCAUCUGAAGAGGUAUGGACACACGGAUAAGGGCUCCAGCUCACCUCAGUGGAGGAAUGGAGAUAACAAAAGCCAGAGAAAGCCUACCUGCACCAGAGAGGAGUACCACAAGCCAGAACCAGAACAGGACAGUGAACUGGACUGUCAACAGAUUUAUUAUGCGCUGUACUCCUUUAACGCCCGUUGUGCUAACGAGUUGAGCAUCACAGCCAAUCAGAGGCUGCGGAUAAUUGAGUUUAAGGACAUGAACGGGAACAGCGAGUGGUGGCUCGGGGAGGCCGAUGGUGGCAAGCGAGGAUACGUGCCUUCCAACUACAUCCGCAAAUCUGAGUACACAUGAGCAAAACUUCCAACGGCUGAGCGAGCGCGAGAAAACAAAAUACUGUAACUUAUUUCUGAGCUGGUUUUGGUAGUGACCGACUAGUGCUGCAAAAUCUGCUCCUGCCUAUAUUUAUACACUUUUUUAUUCAUUAUUUUUACUCACUGGAUUAAUGCGCUCCUGUUUCCAGUUAAAACCUGUGAAUUGCCAUAUUGUCUGGUCCGAAUGGUUUGGCUCUUCAGGAGAUUGCAAUGAAAAAUGUUGGACCUUCUCAUCACUGAUGCACAGACAAGAGCAGAAUUCCACAGUUUGAGGCUCUUAAGGUGGCUGCACGUUUGGAGUGUUGACCUUUGAAGUGUUAUUUGAAGUAAAACAGGAACAGAGAACUAAAUUACCAUUUGCAAGCACUCCUUUUGAACUUCAGCAACUUCCUGUGAGGAAGGAGUAUUAUAGGCAUAUUGAACGCCUCCACAUACUCCUCAUGUAUAUUUACGGCAAUUAAAUUCUGUAUAUUUUGGGAAUGUGAUCCUGUGCCCGAUGUAAAGUGAUACUAGUUUGAAUAAAAAACUGCUUAAAUGAAAACCGAAA